UUUGUCUUCUUUCUACUUCGUGGCGGGAAAAACGAAUUUCAUAGCCGGGAAAUGGCGAAAGACGACGUCGAGAUGCGAGGGGAGGUGGAGGAGCGUAUAAUCAACGAAGGCUACAAGAUCUGGAAGAAGAACACUCCUUUCCUAUACGACCUCGUCAUCACUCACGCUCUCGAGUGGCCUUCCCUCACCGUCGAAUGGCUCCCCGUCCGCGACGAGCCCCCCGGUCAAAACUACUCCGUCCAGAAGAUGAUCCUCGGCACCCACACUUCCGAUAACGAAGCCAAUUACCUCAUGAUAGCCCAGGCCCAGCUUCCCCUCGACGACACCGAGAGCGAGGCGCGUCAAUACGACGACGAUCGCUCCGAGUUCGGUGGCUUUGGCUGCGCCUCCGGAAAGGUGCAAGUUAUCCAGCAGAUAGUUCACGAUGGUGAGGUGAAUCGAGCUCGAUACAUGCCUCAGAACCCUUUCUUGAUUGCCACCAAGACGGUUAGUGCGGAGGUGUAUCUGUUCGAUUACAGCAAGCACCCUUCUAAGCCAGCGCUUGAUGGGGUUUGCAAUCCUGAUUUGAGGCUCAAGGGUCACAGCUCUGAAGGGUAUGGCCUCUCUUGGAGUAAGUUCAAGGAAGGCCAUUUGCUCAGCGGCGCUGAUGACGCUCAGAUCUGCUUGUGGGAUGUUAGCGGUACUCCGAAAAGUGCGGUUCUUGAUGCUCAUCGGAUCUUCAAGGCUCAUGAAGGCGUUGUGGAAGAUGUUGCAUGGCAUAUGCAACAUGAUCACCUGUUUGGAUCCGUUGGUGAUGAUCAUUACCUUCAUAUAUGGGAUCUUCGUUCUGCAUCUACCAGUCAACCGGUGAAGUCUGUGGAAGCUCACUCCAUGGAGGUUAACUGCUUAGCCUUCAAUCCAUUGAAUGAGUGGAUCGUGGCAACAGGGUCAACUGAUACGACUGUUAAAUUAUUCGAUCUAAGGAAGCUAAACAUCCCUCUUCACACAUUUGAUAGCCAUAGGGAAGAGGUUUUCCAAGUUGGCUGGAACCCAAACAACGAGACCAUCUUAGCCUCAUGUUGCCUUGGUAGAAGGCUUUUGGUUUGGGACGUCAGCAGGAUCAACGAGGAACAGACAGCAGAGGACGCAGAGGACGGCCCACCGGAGCUGCUGUUUAUCCAUGGUGGUCACACCAGCAAAGUUUCAGAUUUCUCGUGGAACCCUUGUGACGAUUGGGUUGUAUCCAGUGUAUCUGAAGACAACAUACUCCAAAUAUGGCAAAUGGCUGAGAACAUUUAUCAUGACGAGGACCAUCAUGAUGGUCCAGGUACAGGGGAAGAACCAACAAUAGGUUCUUAGCUUAUUGUUUGGUUCAUAUCUUAUGUGACAUUAUUUUUUUUUAUACAUCUCUUCCCUUUAUCUGUUCAAAUAUUUAAUGUAAGUUGUGGACAACGAGAUAUGAGACGAGCUUACCUUCUUUUU